AGAAAGAAUGAAAAAAAUACAGUCCAUGACAUCUACCUACUGCUUCAAAGACACAAACAAGAAGCUAUUAGUUAUUUGGCUAAAUACUGUAAUAUGAGUCUCUGUGGUGCACAGAGGAGACAGGUGAGUGAUGCUGGGUAAGAGCCUUAAGUAGCCAGACUAAAGAUUUGAUGAAAUGCUCCUAUUAUGAUUCUUUGUAGCCCAUGCAAUAGGGAAGCUGGUUACCUGAUCCCCUGCUACCUGAACCUCAUUGUUGCAGCUUUUAAUAUCUGGAUAUCCAGACCUCCUAUAAAGGUAACUUUGAGGGAAGAAUGAUGGGACAAGAAUCAGCACGCAGAGGCAGAAAUGGGCAACAAGCAAACCAUUUUCACUCCAGAGCAACUGGAUGCAUAUCAGGACUGCACAUUCUUUACAAGGAAAGAAAUUCUGAGACUGUUUUACAGAUACCGAGAUCUAGCCCCCCAGCUAGUUCCCCUCGACUACACAGAUAAACCAGAUGUGACACUUCCCUAUGAACUCAUUGGCAGCAUGCCAGAGCUGAAGGACAAUCCGUUCCGCCAGCGGAUAGCAGAGGUUUUCUCGGAGGAUGGAGAAGGCAACAUGACUUUGGAUGAUUUUUUGGACAUGUUUUCAGUGCUGAGUGAAAUGGCUCCCAGAGACUUGAAAGCGUAUUAUGCUUUUAAAAUUUAUGAUUUUAACAAUGAUGAUUACAUAUGCAAAUCAGAUCUGGAGAAAACAGUUAACAAAUUAACCCGAAACGAGCUUACCCCAGAAGAAGUUAGCCUUGCAUGUGACAAGGUCAUUGAUGAAGCGGAUCUGGACAACGAUGGCAAACUUUCUCUGGAAGACUUUCAGCAUAUGAUAAUACGAGCUCCUGAUUUUCUCAGUACAUUUCACAUUCGAAUCUGAAAUUAGUGAAAUAUAGAGAUGGAAGUGCUUCUUGAGCCUGCAGUAAGCUUGUUUCACCUGAGGUUACUGUCCAUGAGAGAAGAAAAUGAGAGCAUCAAAGAGGACAAUUUUAGGUGAACCAGUCAGAAGAUUUUGUCUCCUGUUCACUGCUUUAAAAGGAACAAUUCAUCACACUCUUCAUCAAGAUUUCCCUGUAAUUUAACAAAACGUGUAUGUUUCCAUAAAAUUGUCUACUCCAUUCCCCUCCUCCAGCUAGAACACAUCUGACCUUGACAGUGAUAUGGUAAAUAAUUUUUAAAGCUCAGGUAUUACCAGGUACUAAAGGAACUUGUAUCAAAUUAUACCUUCUAAAAAAGUUUGUAAGAAAAUACCUUAUUAGUUAAAACAAACCAACCAACCCCCCCAAAAAAACCCAUGCUUGCUACAGACUAAAACUAUAUCCAGGAAUCAUAGACCAUGCCCUACUGUCCUAUUUUUCCCCCAAAGAAGAUUCUAGCUGUAAUUUAGGAAAAAUACAUUGCUAUUUAAAGAACUUAGUUUUCCUAAAAAUUGUGCACUGAGCACAUGCUCAGCUGAGGUUUUGAAUUCCUGAGAAUCCCACCUAUCUUGAAAAUAGUUCUAAAACCAUUACAAUUAAUAGAAAUUGUGUAACCAGCUCCUCUGAUCUGCUUUAGAAGUCUCAGCACAUGUCCAGUGAAUCAAUUUGUGAAAGUAUGCUAGUGGUGUGUCACAGAAAUAUAUUACAGGUUCUGGGAAGGACAUAGGGAAGACCGGUAUCUAUUUCAGCCAGUCAAGUGAUUCCCUUUUCUAUGUCAAGCAUGUAAAAAAGCUGCUAUAAGUUAACAGGAAAAUCACUUACAUGAAAAAAUUCACAGCUGUUUCUCAGCUGAUACAUAAAUUAGGUGAUGGUCCCAAAAGAACCAGAUAAACUAUAGAGAGUUUGCCCCCCUGCCCCCCCCCCCCCAAAAAAAAAGAGUGGGUACUUGCAGAGAAACACUGGAAGAACUUGACAAAUUUAUUCAGUUAAACUAGCUUCAUUGCUAAAUUUUUCUUAGAACAGAACAGAAAAUUAAACUUUAUUCUUCAGAAGAUUUUUCUUUUUCCUAGAUAGCUGGAAAAGUCAACACACUUAUUAGGAGAAAAGAAGAGCCUACCCCAGGUUCCUGUUCCUCUGUUUCUAUUUUUAGGAACACCUUAUUUUCCACAUGAGAAUCUAUAUGCAUGAAUGAUGAACAGGACUGACACACUAAAAAAAGUUUCUUUUAAAAUUCUCUUUUCAUAAGAAGUUUAUUUAUGCAGUGCUCAGGGUCCUGUACAACAGAGUAAAAACAUACAUACUGUAAUAAACAACAGUCUUGCUUUUAAUACAAACAUGAAAACCAAUGAGAAGUGUUUAAGAAAGCAGCUGUAAUGUGGAAAGGGUGGCAGCCAAAAAGUGAUGAUUCUAAAAACAGUUUACAGUUGCUUUUUAAAAUCCUGGGAUGCAUUAAUUUCCCUUUGAAAAAAAAUUAUUACUCCCAACUUACGCUCAACUUAGAGCAGAUGACUCCUGCAGAAAGGCUAGAGAGACUAGCCUGCUAAACUGUUACCUACAGAAACAAAAUCUCCAAUGGUGAGUGAAAGAAAGGGGGCAAAGAAUAAGACAGCCUGAAAUAAUCAGACUGCACGUUACCAUCAACGUUCAAUUGAACAGAUUUUCAUUACAUCUAUAAAUGAAGACAUAAGUUAGUCAUCAUUCUUUUCCAUCCCCUAUGGACUUCCAGUACAAAUGGAAACUGUCGUCUAAGCAGCCAUUUGUCCAUUUCCUCUCUAGCAUACAACCCAGCCGUUUCAUGUCUAAGAGGACAAGAAAUCAUGGUAGCUUUUGAGCAUGAGCAUCAGCCAAAGACACAGCCACCACCACAACAAUAAAACCCCUAACAAUUGUCAGCAAGAUCAUUAACAUCCCACAUGAAAGCAGAGAUCAAAUAAUUUUCAGCAGCAGUAAGGAGACUUACAAUAAUCCAUAGGAUUUAUAAAUCUGAGGCUGAAAGUCUGAUGCUGGCAUAAGGCUCUGAUGUCAUGAAACACUGGAUGUGCCUAUCAGCACAGGAACUAGACAACGGAAGUGUUAAAAUGGCAAAGUGUUAAAAGGGCAGUUCCACCUUUCAUUGACAGGUAAAGUACUGACAGGUCUGCUCCAAGAAGUUUGAAGACUAUCUGGAACAUUGCAAGCAGCCUCAAAAAUAAGGUCAACCACAGAAUUCUGUGAUGCUCAUUAAAUUAAGGGAAUUUGAGAACAUGCUCAAAAAUAGGUUUGUUCCUCUACAAACCAAGCAUCAAUUGUUAACUGAUUACCUAGUAUUUUAGUGGUAUUUAGACACCAAGAAUGUGUAGCAAGCACACUGUUAGCUUUUCAGAUCUGUUUAAACUACUCAGUUUUAUAGAUUUGGUAUUGCAGAUGUUUCCCUCCUUAGUUAAAAAAGGCUUACAUGUAAAUACAUUACUGUUAUUCAGUCACACGGUACCUCUUUUGGUCAUUGUUUUCAUAGCAGUCAUACUUGAAAAACCACCAUAAUUUAAUUAUGCGAUAGGAACAUCAACUACAUAUUGUACUUAUCCAAGAUUUGACGUCAGUAUUUAGCAACGCAUAGCCAAGCAUUCCUGUCUUAUGUUUGCGUUCUAGUUUUCAUAUUGCUUACAUUGAUUUAAUUUCUAUGUAGAAUCUGUAUAGCCUAGAAGUACAGUGAUGACAGUAGGUCACAGUAACUGCAUAAAACUUCCUGAGAUUGGGCAAUAAUGUAGUUUUCAUUCAGUUCAUUUUGUAAAAGGAAAUCAUGCUAUAAAUUAGGCAUACAAACAUGUGCAACAACCAGCAUAACUUUAAACAAAAGGUAUUCACAGACAAAGAGUUAACCUUUAAUGCAAAAGAGUAACUUAAAAUUUAGAAAAUGGGGAGUGAAAAACCAUAAUUCCAUCCUACAAUUUUUUCCCACUUGUGAAUUAAUACAGUCUUUCUCUCUCCUCUCUAGACAAGUUAUUGAUUUAGAUGCUGUCAAUAAACAACAGCCAGUAUCAUGGUGGGCAGCCUGUGAUAUCAACUUAAGACUAACCACUUAUUUUCCAGUCACUUUGGAAGAAUUAGACUGACUGCAACAUCUGGCUACAUUAAGGUAAAAGAAAGAUGGAUGUGAGACAAUUCACAUUUACUGCUAAGCCAGAAACAAAUCAAACAUAUCCCAUUUUGUGUACGAAAACGGCAUUCAGACCAUGCCCUAAUUACCUCCCCGAUUCUACCCCAACAAUUGCUUGAAGCAUAUGCAAAGUCUCUCAAAAAGCAUCCUUAUCUCGAAGUAGUAUUGCUUGUCCAAUUUAAAAGUGUAGUUAACACAGAGCUAUAAGCACAUACUGACUAGAAGGCUCCUCAGUAGCUUAACAUGAUUGUUUUAUCCUACAAAUACAUCUACAUGUAAUUCACUGUGGCUCAUGUUCACCAAGAAAAAAUAAAAACCAAAACCCCACCACCAUGAGGUUCUGGAAAGUUUUAUAUGAUUUUAAACAUGAACAGAGCUCUUUGUAACCUCCUAGCUAUUAAAAAAAGUUGGUGGCAUAUAAAAUGCAUUUUUAUAAACCAGUAAGUUACAUGGUGAAAUUUCCUUUUUGUAUUUGAUUUUGGAAAACAGGCAGUAUUCCUGUUGAGCCCAAUUGCAUGCUGAGGAUUUAUAAAGAUUAAUUAUGAAUCUGAUAGAUCUUUAACUACAGUAGCACUUAUGAGUGCUCCUAUGAGGCCAGAAAUAAUACCACAAACUUGAAGAAAAAACUGGUGAGUAAAUUCAUUAGCUUUAAAAUGAGCUUUAAUUUUACCCUUAAGUGCAGUUGUCAAUGUAAACAAAGCAUGUUAACAAUUCCAGUGAGUUGCAGGACACAGCUGAUAUGUUCAUUUGGAUUAAAUAUACCAUUAUUCCAAUUACUUGACAGCAGACUUCUAAGCAGAUUGCUCUUACUGGCUCCUUUUAUCAACCUAAUUAGAGUCAGGCUUACAGCCUCUGAACUGAGAGCAACUAGCUACGUAGGAGCUUUCCUAGGCUGCUCCAUUUUAUACAUUGGAAUGUAAUAGACUGUGUUUAGAAGAAUAAAUACACAGAAUAUUUUCAUUGAAGACUAAACAUCAUUUGCAGUGAUGCACACUAAGAGGUUUGUUGCUGCUUUAAAUCUGAAAUGAUCAAUGCAUGGCAGCAAGGCAAAUCUCCGUUUAAAAAAGUUUGUUUUCAGAAAGUGUUCAUAUGUGCAACAUUUAUUUGCAUAUGUGAGCAAGUGUGCAUGAGAACACACAACUGGAAGCAGUGCAAUACAUUUUCUUCUCACAAAUUAUAACUAGCCACUACAUCAUGACAGAUCUGGAGUCAUUCUCAACUGGAGAAGGAAUAGCUGUCCACUAAUGUUAUGAAUUUUGAGGAAAUGUCCAUAUCCAAACCAUGGUCUGUUUUUCUAAAAACAGACUACAGAUCACUUGCACAGAACUAGAUUGUAGAUAUCUCUUGUUAAACAUGUCUAAAUGUGUGGAUUAUUUAAUCAAGCAUGGUCAUCUCUAACAUGAAGAAAAUAAUUCCCAAUUACAUGGAUCUGUUAUAUUUACAGCACACUUUGGUUUUUUAAAAAAAUAGAGAUUCCUUUGAGGAUUUUUUUUUUUACUCCAAUUGUACCUGUGGAUUGUCUAGAAUAAUGGAACUGAAUAAGUAACAGGCAGAUAAAGGAUUUUCUCUGCAAUAGCAAAAAGGUGGAGAUGUGGAAAGCUUCCUCCUACCUUCGGAAAAGGUAUAGGCCUGUACUGUUUGCGUAAGUGCAUUUAUUUGAUGUUUGGAUGCGAUUGUUCUAUAUGCAUCUGUAGACAUGGAUAUGCACAUGUAUCAUGUACACAUACCAGUACUUUAUUAAUAUUGGCAUUUCAGUUUCUUA